AUGCUCAUAGAGGAAGGCGCUAGGCAUAUUGCACUGCUUUCGCGGUCUGGGGAGCCAUCUGCUGAAUUGAAGGAAGGAGAAACCUGGCAAUAUUUGUUGAGUGCCCAACCUAACAUUCAAAUCAAGCACGUAAAGUGCGACAUAAGCAAGAAAGAAGACGUCAGGAAGGCAUUUGAAGAGAUUCAAUCUGGCGAAUGGCCUCCCGUGCGCGGAAUAUUCCAUGCAGCAGGAGUGACUGAUGACAAGGCUCUCGCCGAGCAAGACAAGGCGUCGAUUGAGAAGGUUUAUGCUCCAAAGGUUGUGGGGGCCUGGAACUUGCACGAGGUGUGCGAGGAACUGGAUUUGAACAAGGACCUCGAAAUCUUCUUGAUGUUUUCGUCAGUCGCUGCGCUUUUGGGAAACUUUGGCCAGGCGAACUAUGCAGCAGCCAAUGCCUGCCUUGACGCUAUAGCUGCGUGGCGCCGGUCUAUAGGAUUGUGUGGUCAGAGCAUCCAGUGGGGUCCGUGGGUGGAGCAGGGCAUGGCAGCCGGUUUAAGACAAGAAAUAGAAAAGGUUGGCCUUCGUGGACUAACGAAUGAUGUCGGCCUUCGUGUUCUUGUGGACUGUUUGCGAGGAGGGGAGAUGCCCGUGCCGGUUCUUUGCCAAGCCUUUAGAUGGAAAAAGUACAGUGAACAAUUCGACACUAUGCCGCGCUUUUUUGAAUAUGUGGAGCUUGAUGUGACAACCCCAGCGGCACUGCGCCAGCUGUACAGCUCAAUGACUCCCGAGCAGCUUAAGGAGCACGUCACCAAAGUAGUUAUUGACACGGCGAGGCAAGUUUUGGGUGCAGAGGAGGUUCCACCUCUUGACUCUCCUCUUCAGGAGUUGGGCAUUGACUCCUUGGGUGCCGUGGAGCUACGUAAUGGACUUGCUCAGAGACUUGGAGUCAAGCUAUCAGCAACGACCCUCUUUGAUUACCCGACUAUUGGGGCAAUAAUAACCUACAUCCAAAAUCAGAUUUCCGGAAACAUUGCCUCAGGGUCAUCAGAACAACCGACAUCAGUGAUGUCUCUCAUGGGCCACACGCAAGGGCUUGCCGUCAUUGGAGCAUCAUGCAGACUUCCAGGGAACAGUGAGAGCCCUGCGCUACUGUGGGAAAUGCUUUUAAGAGAAAAAGACUGUGUUUCCGAGAUCCCGUUGACUCGCUUCGAUGUUGACUUGUUUUAUGAUGCGGAGAUAGAUGCGAAGGGGAAAAUGUAUGUUCGAAAGGCCGCAUUCAUGGACAACGCUGAAAUGUUUGAUAACAGCUUUUUCAAUUUGUCUGCUGCUGAGGUUAAUUAUAUGGAUCCGCAGCAGCGAAUGGCACUGGAGGUGGCAUAUGAUGCCUUCUACGCAGCGGGCUAUUCACGCGACACACUUGUGGGAAAAUCAAUCGGUGUGUGGAUUGGCUGUUGCAACUCGGACUGGCAUUUCCUUGAACAGCAGUCCGACCCCUUCAAAAGCAGCAGCUAUUCAGGUCCUGGCGGUUCCGGCUGUUUGGUUUCAAACCGAGUCUCCUAUGUAUUCGGUAUUAACGGGCCGAGCAUGACAAUUGACACUGCGUGCUCUUCCUCUCUUGUGGCAAUGGACUCAGCUUUUCAAGGGAUCCGCCUCGGCUACUGCAACGGAGCUCUGGUGGCAGGAAUCAACUUGAUGCUUUCGCCGCAGUUGUUUUUAGCAUUCUGCAAAGCACGUAUGCUCUCGCCAGAGUGCCGCUGUGCUACGUUCGACGCAGCUGCUAAUGGUUACGUACGCGGAGAGGGUGCAGGAGCAGUGGUCAUUAGACCACUUCAGGACGCCGAGGCAAGUGGACAAAAAAUACUUGCGGUACUUAAGGGAACAGCUGUCAGCCAUAAUGGCCGCAGUGCCAGUUUGACUGCUCCGUAUGGCCCCAUGCAGCAGGAAUGCAUGAAGCUAGCUUUACGUCACGCAAAUGUAAAUCCAAAAGACGUUCGCUAUGUCGAAUCCCACGGAACAGGUACUUCUCUCGGUGACCCAAUUGAGAUGGGUGCCAUCCGUGCAGUCUACGGAACGAAUAGAAAUGACAGUAAUCCCUUGAUUGUUGGUGCCCUCAAGUCGUACAUCGGACAUUUGGAAGGAGGAGCUGGUAUUGCAAAUGUGUUGAAGGUUCUCGUUUGCCUGGCAAACCGUGCUGUACCUCCUAAUCUACACUAUACAACUCCAAAUCCCUUCAUGGAUAUCGAGGACUUCCCUCUUGUAUUGCCGAACUGCGUAGUCCCCCUAGAGCCCGCACCUAAUAAGUCCAAAGUGCUUGCCGGCACUAGCUCUUUCGGAUUCGGCGGAGCAAAUGCUCAUGUGGUGCUGGAAGAGUAUAUUGCAACAACUGGAAGGGCCGCCGUCAAGCAAGGAGCAGGGAAGCGAAAAAUCGCGUUUUUCUUCACAGGGCAGGGCAGUCAAUACGUAAAUAUGGGAAAGGAACUAUAUGAGAAUGAACCGGUCUUCAGGGAGGCAAUGGAUGAAUGCAGUCAUCUUCUCGAAGAAUUGCUGCCGGUACCAUUACUGGAAGCGAUUUAUCCGACCAAGGACUCCAAAGGUCCGUCACUUCUUGAGCAAGCUCUUUACGCCCAAACGGCAAUCUUUGCUGUUGAAUACGCCCUUCUUUGCCUAGCCAAAAACAAAGGUUUGGAGCCUGAUGUUGUACUGGGCCACAGCAUUGGCGAGUACGCUGCAGCUGUUGCGGCGGACGUCAUGAACGUAAAGGAUGCCCUCCACCUUCUUGUCGAGAGAGGACGAAUUAUGCAAGAAUUGCCUGCUCGUGGAGGGGUAAUGAUUGCUUGCCGCUGCUCCCAGGAGGAGGCGCAGAAGGCCCUUGACAGCGUUGGAGAUUCCGCAAAAACAGCAGAAGUAGCAGUUAUCAACGGUCCCAGAAGUAUUGUGCUGGCUGGUGAAGAGCCUGAUGUCCUCAAGGUUGUUGGUGCUCUUGGUAUUGGUGAGCGGUACAAGAAGCUUAACACAACACAUGCCUUCCACAGCAGCUUGGUUGCUGAUGCGGUCAAGCCAUUCAGAGAAGCCCUUGUUGGGGUUCCUCUUAAGCAACCAACAGUGACAUAUGUCUCCACAGCAUUAGGGACGACGUCGAUGACUGAAGUGUCAACUGCGGAUUAUUGGGCUGAACAAAUCCGGCUUCCUGUAAAGUACCUGCACGGUGUUCGUGCGGUGCUCGAUUGUGACGUAUCGAUUAUUGUUGAGCUAGGUCCCAUGCCAACGCUGAUUACCAUGGCUCAGCAGUCCCUAAAGGCUUCUGACAUUCUGUGUUUGUCACUCCUCGACCCGAAGACUUCAGACACUCAACAAGUUGCAAACAGCAUUAACGCACUCUUCUCGAAUGAAGAACGCCGCCAUGAAUGGAAACGGCAGGCUUUCCCAUGGUUCAAGCUUACGACGCCGCUUGUUGAUAAUGUGCAAAGAGAAGGCAGCACACAGGCAACAGCAACGACUGUCCUAGACGCCCAUGUAUUAGACCUGCUGCAAGACCAUGUUGUAAGCCAAACUCCCAUCAUGCCCGGUGCGGGGUUCUUGGAAAUUAUGAGCAGCGCAGCCUUCAUGCACUACGACGGCAAGAUUCCAAGUACAGCAACAGUGCUAACAGAUGUCGAAUUCGACCGUCCGAUGCGGUUGCUUGACCCGGAAAGUGCUCAGAAGGGACACGAGCCAACCGUUGCUGUGAUCGCCACAGUUAACAAAGACGAAGUCCAAGUCAAAAGCCAGCUUGAGGAAGAUGACGAAGCCCACGUUCACUGCCGAUCUUCUGUUCGGCUAGCCCCAGCUGACACUGUUUUCGACUUGACAGAAGGAUGGGGAUUCUUAGACGAAGCUAAGAAGCGCAUACCACAGGCAGUUGCCCCAGAAGAAAUUUACAGUACAAUGGCUUUAUCUGGGCUUCAAUACAAGAAGCGUUUCCAGACCAUUCGGGAGGCCUACCGGAGUCCAACCGAAGCGAUCUGUAGGUUGCAGGUUCAGCAGCCGUUUCUACCAUUCGAAAGAACAUUCCGCUUCCAUCCAGCCCUGCUAGAUGGCGCCAUCCAGUCUGCAUCAUUGCUUCUUGACGACGUACAUCCGACCCGACCUAUGGUUCCUGUGGGCAUUCGCAAGGCCACAAUGUCCCGACUGCCACCAGAUGUUCUGGUUUGGAGCCACGCCAUCUUGAAGAAGAAGGAUUCCAGCAUGGCGGUUCUCGAUAUAACGAUAUAUGGAGGUAAAGGAAGGCCGUAUGCAGUCCUUGAGGAUUUGACCCUGCGUGUGGUGGACAUGUCACGGAGAGCCACUAUUCCCAGAAAUCUUCUGUGGGAAGUUAGUUGGCGCCCACGUUUCUCCGACUCAGAAGUAGCGGCUGCUGAAUCCACCAGAAACAGCGGCGAAAGCUCUCCAGGCCACAGCCGCGGCCAGCAGGAUGAUAUUGAGACUCGCACUACGUCCCCUCAGUCUGAUUCUCACCCGAGUCGAGCUGUCCCGAUACUGUUGCUCGGUUGCCCUGAGGACUUUGUAGAGGGCCUAAAGGAAUGCACUAACUCUACACCCUUCCAAGUGGCAACUGUAGAGGAGCUGCAAGGCACUCUCGACCAGAAGGGAACUGAAAGCAAGGUGUGGAGUGGAGUAAUCUACAUGGGCGCUCUGGACAAGUCGCGCGCAGAGGUUGACUGCAUCGCAGACUGUUUGACCAUCUCUAAAGCCUUGGCACAGGUUCCAGCUCACAUUGAAAUUCCUCCUACAUACGUCGUCACUACAGGGCAUGUCCAAGCAGUGGAUGAAGACACAUUUGUCAAUCCAACUCAUGCAGGUGUCUGGGGUUUCUGCCGUUCCGCCCGGCUUGAGGUAGAGAAUACAAUAGGGCGUCCAGUCCAAUUGGGAUGCAUAGACGUUCCUCCAGAGGCGACAAAAGAACCCACAGUGAUCACUAACAUUAUUACCCAAGCUAUACGAGAUGAUGCUUCUUCUCCAGAACUUGAAAUCUGCGUGCGCAACGGAGUACAGUAUGUUCCUCGCUUGACGAAAUCCUCCGUAGAGUGCCGUGGUUCCCUCGAGUUAUUUAUGGGUAACCGUGGAGCCUUGAGCAUGCUGAAACUUCGCCCUCUGCCUGCUUCAGCGAGAGCCGAUUUGCCUGAAGGAUGCGUCGAGGUGCGAAUUCGUGCUGUUGGUUUGAACUUCCGAGAUGUGCUCAACGUUAUGGGACUAUACCCUGGUGAUCCAGGCCUUCCUGGAGCUGACUGUGCAGGUACUGUUGUACGCGUCGGACCAGGAGUGACCAGAUUCAAAAUAGGUGAUUGUGUCUACGGCAUAGUACCGGGAUGCUUAAGAAGCUUUGCAAUAACAUCUGCGGAACUAAUACGUUUAAUGCCAGCUGGUUUCUCAUUUGAAGAGGCCGCGGCUCUUCCUGUAGUUGCAUCUACAGUGGAAUACUCUUUAGGAGAUCUGGCGAAGGUGAAGGCAGGCGACAGGGUGCUAAUACAUGCAGUCACGGGCGGUGUAGGCAUAACCGCUGUUCAGUACUGCCAGCGGAUGGGCGCUAUUGUCUACGGAACAUGCAGUGGUGGCCGCAAGGCUGAGUAUGCCAAGUCUUUAGGAGUUGAAUACGUAAGCACCAGCCGAGAUGCGUCGACUUUUGCGAAGGAUAUGCGUGAGUUCCUAGGGCCAGACGGGCACGUCGACGUAGUGCUGAACACGCUCGUGGACGACUAUAUCCCAGAGUCUCUCAAAUUGCUCGGACCAAAUGGACGCUUCAUGGAGUUGGGCAAGAGGGGCAUUUGGACUCGAGAGCAAGUGAAGGAGGCUCGUCCAGAUGUGAUGUACGAGACAAUAGCUGUGGACACCAUGAUGGAAGAAGACCCCGCUUGGUUUGGUGGAAUGCUUGACAGAAUCCGGGAGAGCGUCGAGAGUGGUCGGCUCUCCAGCCCUCCACUGAAAGUAUUUGACAUGGAGGAUCCUGUUGAGGGAGGAGUGGCUGCAUUUAGGUAUCUGCAGAGAGCCCAGCAUAUUGGGAAGGUCGUCGUCAAGCUCCCGAGCUCUAUUGAACCAGUAGAGGACGGGGCUAUUGUCAUAACAGGUGGCCUUGGCGCUCUUGGCUUGGUGGUUGCCGGCUGGCUUGCAGAGGAAGGAGCUCGAAACAUUGUUUUAAUAGCCCGUCGCGAGUCUCCGCCUCCCUCAGGCAGCGUGCCUGAAUGGGACUGGCUGUCGAAUAUCAAUUGUAAA